AUGUUGAAGAAGCAGAAGGAAGAUAACAUGAUUGUUUCGUUUACUACCGAGCAAGGGGUUCUAAAUGAUCACUUUCCUGAUGUUGUGGAGCAUUUUCUUGGCCAUUUUAAAGGCAUAAUGGGGAAAGCUAAGCCUCCCACCAUGGAGAUACAAUCUGAUUGCAUAGCCAUGGGCUCCAAACUCACCCUCGAUCAGCAGGUCCAUCUCUUAAAACCUUUCUCUCUCAAAGAAGUCAGAGUUGCGAUGUUUAGUAUCCUAAAUACUAAAUCCCCUGGCCCUGAUAGAUUUGGUUCGGGGUUUCUUAUGUCAGUUUGGCCUGAGUUCCCAGAAGAGCUCCAUAGAACGACUCUCUCUCUUAUCCCAAAGAUUGAUAGUCCUUCUAAAGCUAUUGAUUAUCGGCCCAUUGCCUGCUGCACUACAUUAUACAAUGGUGUUUCUAAACUCAUUUGUUCCCGGCUUGCUAAUGUGCUUCUUGCUUUAGACAUUUUGAAAAACUACCGAAGGAAGAAUUGCUCCCCCAGAUGCACUAUCAAAAUUGAUAUCAGUAAAGCUUAUGAUACGGUUAAUUGGGACUUUCUUAAAAAGCUUCUGGUGGCCUAUUGCUUCCCUGCUAAGUUUGUCAAGUGGAUCAUGAAUUGUGUGAGAAAUACGUCUUAUUCUUUACUGCUAAAUGGUCAAAUUCAGGGGUCUUUUAAAGGAGAGUAA